AUACUAUAAUGAUAUAUUUUUCGGUCCGCCCGGAUUGACCGGUCCGGUUCUGGGCCGAGCGGAAAUUUUUCGGUCCGGUUUCGGAUUGGUGAUUUCGGGCCACGGUCCGGUUUCGGAUCAGGGCUGAUCCGGACCAAUCCGGACCAUUGAGAACUCUAGUGUUGACUUAGAGAGCGGGAAUAUUUUUGGAGCAAAAAUUUCUAGACUUUCGAAAACGUAUGGUAUUUUGAUCGAGCUCGUGGACCAUUUUAAUGAUCGGAUGGGGAGAAGAAUAUUUUUAGAUGUGGGAUUCAACAUAAUUUAUAUUCUGGCCUCGACCUACUUCGCCAUAGUUUCUGGUAAGAUGGGCGACCUUGGGACGGUGUUAACCAAUAUUUUGUGUACCCUGUUAUCACUGCAUGUUUUGUACGAGUACGGGAAAGAUGGUGAAAAUUUGGAGGUUGCUAGGGUCAAAUUGGUCAAGUUAUUAUGUGCAGUGGAAGAGGGGGAGGGACAGUACGAGAUGGGCGUGGCGAAUAAGAUUCGUGAUUUUCGUAGAAAAGUGACAACAUGCAAACUGCGGAUAACCCCGGAAAAUUUCUUCACCCUAAACAGGAGCUUUAUUCUUUCGAUUUUGUCCAUCUUGAUGACUCUGCUAAUCGUAUUGGCUCAAUUCAGAGACUCGGAACUAGAUAAAGUUGGGGUGAAUUGAUAAAUUUGAUUAUUUCGGCCUAAUUACUAACACAGCCAUUAGUUUCGAAAUUUAAAAUACAUUUCU